AUGCCCGACAUAGACCCCGCGGCUCUCAGCCGCCCGUCUGUCAGCCAUUCGACCCCCGUUCUAAAAUCUAUAACUGUUUCCGCGCCCGCCUCCCAAAAAAUAACCAAAACGAGCCAAAUCAUCCCCGCGCGCAUCGAUCUCGAACCCCUGUAUGCCAGCUUGAAGUCAGCCAUUGGCAACGAACAAUGGAACUUCUACAAAGAGUCGACGACGGAGUUUAUGAGCGGCCGGUUGAAUCAGGUCGAGUAUUCGGACCGCGUCGAUGGCAUCCUAUCCUCACCCAAUGGCGAGAAAGUACACAUGCACAACCAGCUUCUUGCUGCAAUAUAUGGAAACCUCACAAGGGAAAUGCCCGACCAGGGGCUGGCACCAUGGGUUUCUGCCAACGACAAACCCCCUCCCGUUGUCGGCGCCAAGCCCGUGACUGGUGAUGCUGCCGAAAGGAAGUUAAAGGGCGAGGUCAUGCAACUUCACAGCCGUGACAGGAGGCGCAUCAAGGACUUGGCGCAAAACAAUUUUGACCCAUUUGAGUCUAUGGCAGAUAUGUUCACAGAACACCAUAGAGCUAAGCCAACGCGAGUCCCGGAUAUACCUCCUAGUGCGAGCGGCCUGAAUAAGAUGAAUUGGGAUCUGGAGAUACGCAAGCGCUUUGCGCAACCUCUGGCUGUCGAGUCGGGCGAGUUUCCAGAUGUUGCAAGCAUCGAGUCAAAGAUGCUGCCCAUAUCAUAUGAGGCAGGACUCGUAAACGGAGCCUCCGCAGAUGCUGCCCAGUUUAUGGCUGUCGCGACUGAGACUUUCAUCAAAGAAUUCCUUUCGACAGUGUUGAGCAGGACGAAAAGCAAUGGCCCAGGAGACUCAGGCGUCGCUGGGUUUGGCUCUGGGACUGGUUGGAUCCAGACGCACAAAUACCGCCGACAACUCCGGAAAGAAGAGGUCGCCUUCAACAAAGGAGAGUUGACCAGGGACAAGAGCGGUCUCUUGCCUAUCGAGUCAAAAGCAGCAAGCGAGCGAGCACCACUCGGCAUGGCCGAUCUGCGACUAGCAAUGGAAAUCGGUGACUGUGGCGUCAGCAAUUUUCCACUCGUCAGGAAAUCCGUCGUUUACAACUACAGGGAUGGUGAGCUGGAGAAUUACGACAACUAUACCUGGCUGCAUGGUCGCAAACCUCUGGGCCUGGAUGGGCCUUUGACGAACGGUACAGCCCACCCGGAUGCCAUGGACAUUGACGAAGAACCUUCUCCAUGGGAAGGUACAGAUCCUCAGGAUCUGCAGGCUCUCGACAGCGUCUUGGACUCAUGCCUGGCUAUACCCUAG